CCGACUCCUAUUGCUUUGCAUGUGAUGGUCAAGGCCAACAGUAACAUCUACUUUUGUUGAUCUGUUCAAUUCUUGUCGAACCUUCACUUCACGAGUCACUUCAGGAUUGCCGAGAAAUUCACAAUAUCUACAUGGAGAGUGUUCAAUGACAACUUCCACCGGCGCUGCAUCACAGCCAUCGCUGUUCUUCCCCGAUGCUUCCACCCUUGAUCUUCUAAUUCCAGACUCAUCCGACUUUGAUGUCGAAGCAUAUUUGAAGAGCGAUUCACAACUUGUAUCUAGAGAUAAUCUGCUUUUCGAGGAACUGCUACCUGUAUAUGUCAUUCUUCGCAGCUCACUAGCCUCCUUCCAACAAGUGCUACGCGAUGUUGAAAUACACAUAACUGCACAUGCAACUCAGCCCUCGCCACCUCCGCGCCUACAAUCAAAUAGUGCUCCGGCUCCUCCACAACAACCCGUAAAACUAACCUUGGACUCGGUCACAAUCUCACCUGAGAACAAGCCGAUUUUGAUCCAUCUUCCCGAUAAUGACAACAGAUCAUAUGCUGUUUGGAAGAGUACUCUCUACCUUCGAUAUCCACCUCAGAAGCUUCACCGGCCAUCUAUUCAUCUGACCGCAUCAGCAGUCUCGAGGGCUGUCGAAGCACCAGUCAUAUCCAAGAACACAUCUCAAGAUGAAUAUAUGACUAGCGCAUUACCAACUUCCGAGAACCUGCUUCAGUCUCUACAGCACAGCCCACAGACAACUUCGGACCAACCUUGUAUUCCGUCUUCCCGCAUUCACAAAGUAGCCCCUCGAGCAUCCCCUGCCACUCAGGAUGCUCGACCUUUAAGGACGUCUUCGAGGCUCUUCCCUGUUUUCUCAGCACUAGCGGUAAAGGUUCAUAUCACCCCCGAGCAGGUCUCGGACAUGUUGCUAUGCCUGGAUCUGGAAUCUGCACGCCAUACCGGACACGGUGGAGUACAAGUAAUUGAGAUCAAGGCCGAGGGGAACAAUCUCAACGUGCAACCAUUCUCUUCGGACCUGGCUGCUCUCGGUCUUCCCACAACGCUACAGACUGGAGAUAGAAGUACUUUCCUGUACAAACUGGCUCGCGAGAAGGAUGCGACUGGAGCUUUAUCACACCAUCCAUCAAAACCGAGUAAUGUCACCUUCCAAAUUCGGGCUGUCGCACAGAUCAGUGAGACCUGUCGCGCGCAAAUACAGGCCCGCUGGCAUGGGAACGUAAACUUCCCUUCCUCGCAGCCAACCAAAAGGAUGUCGUUACGACCACAAAGUGUGGCUUCGACUCUAGCGCCUCAAGAUCUUGCUUCGUCACGACCACUGAGCAAACGGAUGAGCUCGACCAUAACUCGACCUCUCAGUGGCACAACCCAAAUCGAGUCUGCCGGUGUGACUUUCGCAUUCACUGCACCGGAAAGGGUCAACGAAGGCGAGACUUUCCAUCUCGAUGUAUUCGUCGUGAAUCGCAGCCCAAGGAGGAAGAGGCUUGCGAUUGUGGCUAUCCCAAAGUCUGCCAAAGCGAAUACUGCGCAUCAUACCUUGCGAUUUCCCAACAUUGCUCGCCAGGAUAGUCAUCACACUGCCGAGGCAGUUCUGGAUGAUCGUACGAUAUACAACAUGCAGGAUCAGCGUGAGGCGCAGAUGGCAGAGGUCGUGUGUUUGAAUGCAGAUGUGCGAGUCGGUCCUCUACCCCCGGGAGCUUGUCAUAAUGUACAGUUGGAGUUCUUGACAUUGUCAACCGGCUUGGUAGGCCUUGCUGCGGUUCAUGUGGUGGAUCUAGACACGAGGGAGACCACCCAGAUCACCGAGUUGCCUGAUAUCAUAGUCGCGAAAAAGUAGAGUGUCUAGUUGUAUAGCUAGGGUAUAAAAUGUAUACUGCCUGAUUGAAGAGUAG